CGACGUUGCUAUUCGACGACGCUAUUCGACGAUGUUAUUCGACGCGUCGUCGCAAAAGAGAAGCAAGCCAAUAAAAUUACUCUCGUGUUUCAUUCUCGAGUCAGUAUAUUACGAAGCAUAGAGAGAGGUGUUCGGUGUUGUAUAGUUCAACGAGUCAUCAUCUUUCUUUUUCUUUCUUUCUUUCUUUCUUUAUUUCUCUUUUUAUCUAUCUCUCUCACUCUGUCUAUCGCGUGUUCUAUUUUUCAUUUAUACGGAAUAAAACUGUACACAUUGUUAGUGAAACCUCUUCUGUUAUCAGAUAAAUUUGUGUUUUAAUAGAUAAUAGAUAAAACAAUAAACGAGUCUAUAAAAAUAUUUCAAUUAUAAUUCAUCGAACGAAUACUUGAAAUAAAAUCAAAAAGAAAUUGGUAUUCUUGCAUCCUUAUUGGUCAGAGGACGCAACAGUCGCUUUCUCUUUUUCGAACUGAUGUUCACAUCUAUGGUGUAUGUGAAAGUAUUUCUUAUGGUGUUUAUAUAUUUGUUGCAUCUAUGUCGAAGAUAUUGAAGAGGACAAGGAAUGAUAAAUAUUUUGAAUAUAAUUUCAUUGUAAUUCUGGCAAAAACAAAACAAACAUUCUCGAAAAGUUUGAUUGAUUUUUAAUUAUAUUUUACUUACACAUCGAUGAUUCAUAAAUACGUGUGCGUGCCAGGUGCAUAACCAGAAUAAGUGCAUAAUAACCACGAGUGACGUUUUAUAUUCAGCACAUGGGAGCAAGAGUGCGUGAAUAAUUAGAAAAAGGAAGGAAAACAAGAGAAAUAGGAGGAGUAUAGAAAACAAAUAAAUAAAAAGGGAAUAAUGUCAAGUAGCGUGUGCCACGCACCCCUACCAACACGAAUGGAAACAUUCACCACGAGACUUUGUCUACGUGCGGUUGAUCAGUAUGAACGGCUUCUGCAGGCUCACUUCAACAAGGUUUUUCUUGUUACAGUCUUCCAACAAAGAACAAAACCGAAUAAAUAAUCAUGAUUCUGCGGCACGGAAAGAUACGCGACGGCAAAAGGAUGCAUCCUCGAGUAACAGCAAUUACAGUGCCUUUCGGCAAUGGAGGAGAAGUACUUCCGUUGGUACCAAUCGGUCCAACAGUGCUGGGCCAAGGACUGUCAAUUCUAUUGCCAAAUUGCCAAACGAUGCAGCUACGAUUAAAAAGAUGGAACAAUUUCCGCUUGUUCUUUCCGAUACUACUAUGCCCGAUGAGGACUUGUCUUUAAAGUUUCUCGCAUUGAAUGCUUUGGAUCUUACUGCACCAGCUAGCGAUGUAUUAUUGAAAAAUAGACUGAAAUCUUGGUUCCAAUUAUCUGGACACCCUGAUGGUUUUGCACCUGCUGGACCUGGUACUGUAUGGAAGAGAAAAAGUGGAGGAAUUGAAAAUACUGAACGCAUUGUCUACGAAGCUUUAAGUCAAGAUGAUGCAUUCCGAGAUUGCAUUCCUAGGUAUUACAGAGAGGUCGAAUACAAAGGAGAUACGUUCAUUGAAUUACAAGAUUUAUUAUUUGGUUUUAACGAUCCUCAUGUAAUGGACAUUAAAAUGGGUACACGAACAUUUUUAGAAUCGGAAGUAUCAAAGACUAUGGCGAGAUCAGAUUUAUAUCAAAAGAUGAUUGCUGUUGAUCCGAAUGCACCUACAGAACAGGAACACGAACAACGUGCCGUAACCAAAUUACGAUAUAUGCAAUUUCGUGAACAACAAAGUUCAACGUGUAGUCAUGGAUUUAGAAUCGAAGCUAUGAAAUUACCUGGAACACCGCCAAUCAUAUUAAAAAAAGUUAAAUCGCACGAGGAAGUGUUAGAUACUAUGAAAACAUUUCUUCGAAAGAAAGAGGAAACUCGUAGAAAUCUAUUGAAACGUCUUAAGAAUCUAAGAACAAAGAUCGAGGAGUCCAAAUACUUUCAGACUCAUGAAAUCAUAGGUAGCAGUAUCUUCAUGAUUUAUGACAAUGAAAAAGUUGGAGUUUGGUUGAUAGAUUUUGCUAAAACUUACGAAUUGCCGGAAGGCCUUAAAGUGACACAUAGACGCCCAUGGGAACAGGGUAAUCACGAAGAAGGCUUUCUAUUUGGACUCGAUAAUCUUAUUUCUACGAUAGAAGAAGUAGAUAUUUUCUCGUGAAAAUUUUAUUAAAAAAUGUAAAACUUUUUCUUUACGUAUCUCCUUUAAGUACUUCUUUUCUAAAUUCUUCUGUUAUUCUUAUUGAUUAUCUUUUUUUUUCUUUUCUUUUUAUAAAAAUCACCUUAACGUACAAAGAUAGCAUUUAAAAUAGUUAUAUCUUGAAAUUUGUAGAAAAAUCUUGUUUUUCUUCAUUUAUGUUUUAUUUCUUUUACGACGUUUGUUUCUGUCUUCUCUAUUAUAU